UUCACCUCCUGAUCAAAGAUGGAUAUGCAAAUCUCAGCUUUUCUUCUGUUUGUUCUUUUCACUGCAGGACACUCUCUCAGCUGCUAUCAGUGCAGGAAUGAUACGGGUUCUUGUGCGGAUCUUGGGAAUAUAACAUGUCCCAGUGGAUAUUCCAAGUGCAUGAAUGUAACAACAGUAUCGCAAUUUGGUGCAACUAAAGUGAAUGGUAGAUAUUGUGCUGGUUACUGUACAAGUGGGUCGAUGAACUAUGGCUCUGUACAGGUUUCUUAUUCCUGCUGUGACACUGACCUUUGUAACGUCCCAGAUGCUCCAGAUCCCAGCACUAACACUCCCAAUGGAAAGAAAUGUUACUAUUGUGCUGGUCUGAACUGCUCAAACACAGUGAACUGUUCAGGGAGUGAAGACCACUGCAUUUCAAUGGCAGUGAAUUCCAAUGAAUCACAGCUUCUAAAAGGCUGUGUCUCUAAAUCUAUUUGUGAUUAUGCCAACAUACCUUUUAGUAGUGUUCAUGGCAUCUCAUGUUGUGAGGGGGACUUGUGUAAUGACUUUUAUAAUGUCACCCAGAACAUCAACAUCACCCAGAACAUCAUCCAGAACAAUAUACAAAACAUCAUCCAAAACAUCAUCCAGAACGUCAUCCAGAACUUCACCCAGAACAUCAUCCAGAGCGUCACUCAAAACAUCCCCCAGAGCAUCACCCAGAGCGUCACUCAAACUGUCCCCCAGAGUAACACUCAAAACGCCACCCAGAACGUCCCCCAGAGCGUCACUCAAAAUGCCACCCAAAACGUUCCCCAGAGCGUCACUCAAAACGCCACCCAGAGCGUCACUUUAAAGGUCACACAGAGCGUCACUCAAAACGUCACUCAAAACGUCACUCAGGGCAUCACUCAGAGCGUCACUCAGAAAGUCCCCCAGAGUACUAACAGUGCUAAGAGUAUCACCCAGGGCUUCAUGUUAUUAUUGAUUGUGAACAUAAUUAAGUAAACAAUCGAUAACAAAAUAAGAAUAAAUUUGCUAAUUUUGAGCAGUAGUAGUAGACUACUAUAAUUAUUACUAAUAGAUCACUUUUGAUUAGUUGUUGACUGGUAGAUGCAACUUUUCAAAUGACGUGUGUGCAUGAAAAAAAUCAUUUUUGGAAAAAGCAUAAUACACUUUUGAAUGCAUUGUUUGCUUUUGCUAGAUUUGUGUGUCCGUGUGUGUGUGUGUGUGUGUGUGUGUGUGUGUGUGUGUGUGUGUGGUUUUAUACCUAGUGUUUUUUUUUUCACAAACGGUUAGACAUUGUUUGCUUAAUCUUUGGCCAAUUGUCCCAUUAUUCUAGACACAAAACCACACACUCUGGAACUCACAAUUGCUAAUAUUUACGUUGAAGGCAUUAAUAAAUAUUCAGUGUGACAAUUGUCCUGAGAUGACUUACAUGAUUAGCAUGUUUGUUUUCUUAGCCAGUGAUACCCACACAACAGACAGACUUCUCAUAUAUACACCAAACAUGUAGUAUGUAAUAUUGACAGCUAGUGGUUUAAAUGGGCACUGCAAUCCAAGUUCAAAAUAGAUCUUUCAAGUGUAGAAAUAAGGAAAAAUAUAUUGUAAUUUCCCUAUUGUAUUGUAAAGCAAAAUAAUAUACCUGUGAAAUAUUAAUUUGUUUGUGUUUUACAGUGCAGUUGUUUUGCAAUAUAAGGCUAUUACUGUCAUAGGAAUAAUAAUAAUAAAAUACAAUCAUUUAUUAUUUUCUAAUUUGUUUGGAUUCCUAAAACACCAAGUGUGAAUGUAAUGUAGUCUGAGGCAAUAUAUAAAUUUGAACUUCAAUGUGCAUUAGAUUUUAAAGAAUUUAACUUUAAAAUGUACAAAAUUCUUCCGGGGGCAUUGAUUAUCAGUUUAAUUAAUAAUUUGAUUUGAUAAACAGUGUCAGGGCCCCCCUUGUGACAUCAUACUCAACCAGGGGUCAGCGGUGUCCGAUGAAGUGUAUAUGGUGUUCCUUGGUAAAUAACAUUGUUCUAAAAUGAAAUUGUUCUAAAUAUGCUUUCAAAAGUUACUUCACUUGAGUUAAAGGUGUGACAACUAGCCCCAGUAUAAGAAUAAACUACCUACUGACACUUGA